AUGGUCAAUAGAUGCACAAGGUGUUUCACAAAUACAUGUGCGAGCUUUUCUCCAUGUGAAAAUGACGCUGUCGUCGGGAAAUACAGCAAUAUCAAGGUCAAGGACAACUCCCUGCGCCCAACCCUUCACAAUUCAGCGAACGAGAGUCUGAGUUUGUGUGGGUUUUCGCACAACUACCAGCGAAGGCGUGUAAAUGGAGACGCCUGGGAUGACAUAAAAGAGCUCCGGAACACCUCAGAGCGACAGACAAAUCAAGUAGCGAGAGGAUUUCGGAGAGAAUCUUCCAAGGAUAAUCGUGAAAAAGGGUGGGGAAGUGCAUUUGUGGUGAUGCAACAGCGAAAGAGCGCAUCACUUUCUGGCAAUUGGAGGCAGAACAAUACCCCGUCAAUUAUGUUGCACGGAAAAAGUGGAAAUGUGAAGAAAAGUAGGAUGAAGGUGCAGGAAGACAAGGCUGCUUUUAUCUUGGAAUACGCAGGCAUUGCUGCAGAAGCAGAACCGAUGAUGCGAGAAGAGAUCCAGAAAAAGCCCCUGGCAUAUGGUAAUAAUCGUAACACGUGGUCCUUCGAGCCGGAUUUGUGGAUAAUAUCUAACAUCUUAUUUGCCUAUUCCAGCUCAAGCCACAGUCCUGCCAAUCAGAAGAAUCUGCCAGACUGCCUGAAGAUGUCCACACACGUGCGCAGCGCCUACAAGGGACAAUUGACGAAGCUCAACUCCCAACUCGCUACUUAUGAGGCCCUGCCUGUGAAGUUGGAACAGACUGGAGCGCGCUGGGAUCUCAGCCACCUGCUGGACACCGUCGACAAGAUCCGCCAACGCUACACGGCGGUGCAGGAGACGAUCAUCAACAAUGCUGACGAUCACACGCGCCCAGGAGAAGUCAAUGAGUUGACGAUGUUCCUCGAUGAGUUGGACAAGAGCGAGGAGAGGCUGCGCCAGUUGAUCAUGGCUGUGAAGCCACCAGAAGAGGAGCGAGGAAACCUGCUGUCGUCUACCAUCCAGAACUACGUCGUCGAGGAUGGCCGAGUUGAUCGGAUUCUGGAAGGAUUCCAGAAGAUGGUGGACAGCAUGAAUGAGAGCCACUCGUCCGGUGCAGAAUCGAUGCCCUACACGAAGCUGGAGGCAGUCAAAAUUCCCAGCUUCGACGGAACAUACACCGACUGGCCCUCGUUCAAGGAUCUUUUCCUCAGCCUGGUGGACAUGAACACUAGGCUUACCAAGACGCAGAAGUUCCACUACCUGAAGACUUCGCUUACUGGACGUGCCAAAGAAGUCAUCGCCCAUCUGCCCAUGGUUGAGAGCAGCUACGUCCUGGCCUGGGACGCCAUCAAGGCACGCUACGAGUGUCAGCGCACGAUCAUCAAAGGCCACAUCGAUCGCUUCAAGAGCUUGGCGCCUGUAACAACGCCCCGAGCGGAGGAUCUGAGGAGGAUUUAUGACGUCGCGACAACUUCCAUCGAUGCUUUGGAUUCCCUCGCAGUCUCGGAUCGGGAUCCAUGGAUCAUCCACGAGAUUGUCAGCAAGCUGGACGCGGAGACUCAACAAACCUGGUCGAGAAAGCAGAGCGACAAGCCUACCUGGGACGAGUUCAAGUCAUUGCCUGCUGCUGCAAGGCUCGAAACUGUUCAGCAAUUGAAUCUUUGCAUUAAUUGUUUGUCAGAAAGUAGAUCCAGUCACACAGUCGAUAAUUGUUCUUAUCCGCACUGUAAACAUUGCCAAAAACCGCACAACUAUUGGGUACAUGACGCUCUCACUCCCGUCCCCUCCACCCAUCUCGCUUCAACCAGUGCUGACCCGCAUGAUGCCACUGGAAACCCGUCCACUGAGAAGGCCCCCUUUCUGCGUGACCCGAAAUCUUUGAGUAGUUUUGUUCCGUCAACGCUCAAGAUCAACAGUCAGAUUGGUUGUCGUGCCCUUCUCAAGACCACCCUUGUCAAGAUCCGUGAUGCCCAUGACAAUCUCCAUGUGUGUCGCGCUUUACUGGAUUUCGGGUCGGAAAUCUCCGUAAUGACGUCGGACUUAUGCCAGCGAUUGCGCCUGAAGACUCAACGCUCCCCGUUCUGCAAGAUUGAGGGCUUCCAAGGCCAAGUCACCAGCAUUAAGCAUCAGGCGGACGCCAUAUUGGUUCCUCCUAUGGGUCCAACGCUUAAGCUGCAGUGCCAAGUCGCGUCAAAGAUUUCCUCGGAUCUGCCUUCAUGGCGCAUAAGUCCAUCCGAAUUCUCGUUGCCACCCAAUCUCACGCUGGCCGAUCCCAAGUGGUUUGAGUCCCGCCCUGUUGAGAUGUUGAUUGGAGCUGGCCAUGAAGACGACAUCAUGUUAAACGAGGUGUACCGCUUGGGCAAUGGAUCACCCUCACUGCACAACACAAUCUUUGGCUGGGUAGUUGGCGGCAAGCUGUCGAACGAUCCACCAACCCCACCAUUGAUGAGUCCCGUGUGCACAAAGGUCUCCAUUCCGACCAUCCAAGAAACUCUGCACGACUUUUUCAAGGUUGAAGAAGUGAUUGAUGAUGCCGCGUGUGCAGAGCAUAAGGAGGUCGAAGAUCUGUACAGGAAGACCACUAGAAGAGCAGAGAAUGGUCAGUACGUCGUCCACCUGCCCCUCGACAAGGAGAGUGAACUGCUUGGAACCAACAGGAGAAGAGCAACGCGCCAGUUGUUCCACUUGGUCAAGGAGUUGCACUCCACUGGCUUGUAUGAGGAAUACGACGACAUAUUUAAAUCCUACGAUAAUGAGUCCAUCAUCGAGAAGGUGCCCAAGUCUGAGCUGAUGAAGAAGGCGUACUACAUGACGCAUAGAGCAGUGGUCAAGAGGGACGCCAAAUCGACCAAGGUUCGCAUCGUAUUCAACUGCAGUUCACAAUCCGAGUCAGGGAAGAGUCUAAACGACUACAUGAAGAUCGGCCCAGUGAUCCAGCGUGAGUUGAACGAGAAUUUGUGGUGGUUCCGACGUCAUGCGAUCGCUUUCAUCUGUGACGUCAAGAAGAUGUAUCUUCAAGUCAUGCUCACAGAGGAGCAUCGUGAUCUGCAACGAUUCUUGUGGCAAGCAUCACCGCAAGGUCCAAUGGAGGAGUGGCGAUUCAGGACGCUGUGUUUUGGCAAUGCCGCAUCACCGUUUUUGGCCAUUCGGACGCUCUUCCAGAUCGGGGACGACGAGGAAGGAAGAUUUCCUAAGGGAGCGAAGGCCCUUAAGUCCAACUUCUACGUCGACGAUUGCCUGGUAUCAGUGGCGUCUGAGGAGGAGGCACUGGAAGUGCAGGCGCAGUUGAUUGGGAUCCUGCAGACGGGUCACAUGGAACUGUCCAAAUGGCAAUCGAACUCCCAGAGGAUCCUCGGAGCGGUCAGACAGGAUGGGGAGGCACAACACGAGGUCAGUCUUUCCUCCGACGGACAUGUCAAGGCGCUGGGCUUGAGAUGGAAUCCUGUGGCAGAUACCUUUUCAUUUGAUGUGGAUGACUCGAUCGAGGCGUUGGUUCCCACGAAGAGGAAUAUUCUUAGCGUGAUAGCGCGACUGUAUGACCCACUUGGCUUGGUGGCUCCAGUGGUGGUCAUGGCGAAGGUGAUUCUCCAGAUGCUGUGGAAGGAGAACGCUGACUGGGAUGAGACGGCAUCUGAGCACAUUCAGCGGGAGUGGAGGAGUCUCAUUAGCUCAUUACUUCACAUUCCGCGAAUGACGUUCCCCAGACGCAUCUCUAAUUUGGCGACAGUCGUCAAGGAAGAGCUGCACAUGUUCUCGGACGCAUCGGAAACUGCUUAUGGGGCAGUAAUCUUCCACGUGACUGAAGAUGGAGACGGCAACCGAUGUUCAAGGAUGAUCACGGCCAAGUCUAAGGUGGCACCGGUGAAGAAGAAGACGAUCCCGAAGCUGGAACUCUGUGGAGCUACAUUGGGCGCACGGCUUGUAUUCAGAGUUUCCAGAAGCCUCGAGAUUUCCCAGGUCUAUUGUUGGGCAGAUGCAAAGGUUGUUCUCGCUCAAAUCCGAUCCGCUUCUCCCCGACAGGAUGUAUUCACGAAGAAUCGAGUGACGACGAUCAGAGAGUUGACAGUGGCUGACCGUUGGAACUACGUGAACACCAAGGAGAACCCAUCUGAUCUAGUGUCGCGAGGCACAACCGCAAUGGACCUGGAGGCAUCUGAAUUGUACUGGCACGGACCUGCUUGGUUGACGGAGAGCCAAGACGACUGGCCGAACGUUGAAGUUGCACCCGACGAGGUGGCAGAGAUCGAGGAAGAGGUCGCUGCAACUUUCAUCGUCGCCAGUCCGCCAGACAACCAGAUCUUUAACCAUCUUGUUCGCAAUGUUAGUAACUUGCAACGGAUGAAGAGAGUUGUGUUGUAUGUCGCCAAAUUCAUCGAAAUGUUGGGUUGUACGAGGGCCAAAGGGAACGCUGUUGAUUCUCCCUCCUCGAACCCAACUCCUGGCUUCUCAGUCAAGGAAUAUCGAUGGGCUGAACAACAACUCGUAAGAUGGGACCAAGAGAAUGCGUUUCCUGAUCUGAUCCGUCAGUUGAAGCGAGGAGAGGUCGCGAGUAUUCCGAACUCCCACUUACGAAAACUCUACCCGUUCUUGGACUCAGACGGGAUUCUGCGCGUGGGCGGCAGAUUGGAGCAUCUCGAUGAUACGUACAGCGUUCGGCACCCUGUAAUUCUGCCCAAGAGUUCGCUGACGACAUUGCUGCUUAAAGAGAUGCACAUCACGCUCAUGCACGCGGGACCGCAACUAUUGUUGUCAUACUGUCGUCAGAAGUACUGGCCGAUUGGAGGACGACAUUCAGCGCGUAGCAUCGUUCACGGAUGCAAGAAGUGUUUCGUGCACAAGUCGACGCGAGAGACGCAACUCAUGGGAGAUCUGCCCAAGCAUCGUGUUACGUUGGUCAGAGCCUUCCAUAGCGUCUCCAUUGAUUGUUGCGGGCCAUUCUUCAUCAGAACGGGCGUCGAAUCGCGAGGAAAAACCGCCAGAGUGGACAUUGUCGUGUACGUGUGCACCGCGACCAAAGCAGUGCACUUGGAGGUGGUCAGCAGGCUCACGACGGAGAAGUUCCUGGAUUCGUUCAGGAGAUUUGUGGCACGUCGAGGACUUUGUGCUGAGGUACAUACCGACAAUGGACGAAACUUUGUGGGUGCGGCGAGCGAGCUGAAGAGGUUGAUCCUGGACAAUGCAGACGUUAUUCACGAGGAGGCGGCAAAGAUGAAGGUGACGUGGCGUUUUCAACCUCCACGAUCUCCACACUUUGGCGGCCUUGUAGAAGCGGCGGUGAAGUCUGCAAAGAUCCACCUGAAGAAAGUGAUCGGCGACCAAGUGCUCAAUUACGAGGAAUUUCUCACCAUUUUGGCACAAGUCGAGGCGGUGCUCAAUUCUCGGCCCCUCACAGUUCUCACUGACGACCCAGCAGACCCUCAACCGCUGACGCCGGGACAUUUCUUGGUGUUCGGGCCUCUGAAUCAGCUCCCAGCUGACGAUUUCGUCACGGACAACAUUAACUGCCACCAGCGUUGGAAGAUGUGUCAGCGAAUGGUGCAGGAGUUCACGGCGAAGUGGAAAUUAUCAUAUUUGCACACGCUGCAGGCGCGAGUCAAGUGGACAGAGGAGAGGGACAAUUUGAAACUCGACGACAUUGUCAUCCUACAUGACGCAUCUGUCUUCGCAAACAACUGGACCAUCGGAAGAGUGGUCAGGGUUUCUGAGGGGACGGAUGGAAGGGUGAGAGUUGUCGAUGUGCGUACCCCGACGGGCACUUAUACGAGAGCUAUUUCUAAUAUCUCAAAAUUGCCGGGUGUGUAG